UAUCUGGCCGCUGCGCCGACCGUAGUAGCUCUGGAAAUGUGGCCUGAAACGCCCUCACCUGCUUGACACCAUCGACUCAAAGAUCAUUAUUAUUCUGACGUUGAUCAGCUCCUUGUGUAUCAUCAUUUUGGUCAAUGCCGGAUAGUGUUUGUUGAAGAUUUCCUCGCGCCGUGAUGCUAUCGACCUGAACGCCGCACUCCGCUAUCCAUCGCGUGGCCCCAUCUCCAGUACAACCGACCAUCGAAUUGAGCAAAUCCGUCAAGCGGGCAGCCGAAAUGCUCCAGAACCCAGGGCAUGUUGCCUCGUGGCGAUUAUCGUACGCGGUAAUCACCGCUCUCCUAGCGAGUGUUGUACACUCGAGCCCCUCCGUCAAUGUUGCACUCCAAGCUUCAUUCGACUCCGCCCCAUACCUCGUGGAACUACUUGAAGUUGCAGCCGAAGAAAACCCAACGUCAUAUUUCCCGUUACUUGACCGUCUCGCCGAAGGAGCCUUUGACGACGCCGUGACGGACAAAGAACUAUACGACCGCUUCUUGCAGGUUGCAGUCGACGACGGACACCUCGCCAACCCAGAGAGCCUUUCGUCUUUUAAACUAUCGCUAUCGAUCCGAUCUGCCAGUCCGCGAAUCGCCGCCCACUACCAGUUCUAUAAUGCCUCGGUACAGCAUUCGCUUAUGGCGGCGCAGGAUGCUGCCUGUCCGGUCUGGGUACACUCGGAUGGAAAGCAGUACUGCUCUUCUACGAUGGAGCGAGCGCAGCAGGACGUGCUAGGGGAGCUGGACGGACAAGAGCUACCCUUUGACCGAAUCAUGGGACACGGCUCGUUGCCUCCGGCGAUUCUAUAUGCUGAUGUGGCUUCUCCAAUGUUUAGGGAUUUCCACCAGACGCUCAGUGCCCUUGCAAAGGAGGGAGAGAUCUCGUAUCGGGUUCGGUAUCGGCCGCCUCAGCACUGGAGCUCGCGCCCUCUCUUUGUCUCUGGUUAUGGUGUUGAAUUGGCUUUGAAGCGCACAGAUUAUAUCGUCAUUGACGACCGUGAUGCUGAACAGAGAGACUCAAGCGGCGAAGCUACGUUGGCGGAAACGGAAGAAUCACCAGAUGACCUCCGACCGCUAUCAUCGUCAGAAGUGGCCCGCCUUGGAUAUAACACAGUCGGCUUCGUCGCAGAUAGCGCCGACCCGCUCGACACACUUGUGAAGCUGUCUCAGGACUUUCCUAAAUACUCUUCGACAAUUGCUGCGCACAACGCGAGCGUGGAACUACUGCAAGAAAUCCGCACUAACCGCCUAGAAAUGCUUCCCUCCGGGGCUAAUGCGUUGUGGAUAAACGGUGUCCAGAUUGAUCCCCGACAGAUAGAUGCUUUCUCACUUGUUGACCACCUCCGCCGCGAAAGAAGGUUAAUCGAAAGUUUCCGAAGCCUAGGUCUUUCUGCGCAGGAGGCUGUUGCUCUUCUGGCACAUGAGACCGUUGCAGAAUCGGCGGCGCAGGACACGCCUCAGCGGUAUGAUUACCGCGACGAGAUCGAAGGUGGCGGCGUUAUUAUCUGGUUGAACGACCUCGAAAAGGACGCAAAGUACGAGUCCUGGCCCGCUGAUCUAGCAGCGUACCUUCGACGGACGUACCCUGGCCAGCUUCCGGCUGUGCGCCGCGACCUGAACAACAUCGUGUUUCCUAUUGACCUUUCCAGCCCUCAAGAUGUGGAUUUGGUUACGACUACAAUUCAAGUCUUCGUGAAGAGAAAAAUACCCGUGAAAUUUGGCGUUGUUCCCACGUCUUACUCGCCAGGCUCGACAGCUCAACUAAAGGUGGCUCACUAUCUGCAAGAAACAUAUGGUUUGGCCAGUCUCAUGGCUUAUCUAGAAGAGAGUGCUAGAAAAGGCAAGCUGGCGACUCCGGAUAAAGCCACCUUCUUGGCCGCCACGCAAGGCCGGACAACUAGAGCAGAGAAACAAGCCCUUUCGCUAGAUGAGGUUCUAAGCAGCGAAGAACUUGCUUCUUUAGUCUCUCGUACAAUACACUACCAAGACCGCCUUGGUAUCAAGAGUGACGCUUCCGUUACGCUCGUCAAUGGUAUCCCAAUCAGUCGCGGUGAAAACUGGCCUCAGGAAAUGAGCGCGAAGAUUGAUAAAGACCUGCGCGUGAUUCAGCAAGGCAUCAUCGAGGGACAGUUUGAAGAAGAGACCUGGCUACCUGGGCUCUUCCUUGCUCAGGCAUUUGCUCGACGAGUGCCGUGGAUCAUUCCGGAGGACCCCAAGGACGUCAAGCUCGUUGAUUUGACCAAGGUCUCGAAAUUGCUGGAUGGAGUGCCUCGAAUUGCGUCUCAAGUUGAGCCGCUAGAAAGCGUUCAUAUGAUUGUGAUAGGAGAUUUUGACUCUGAGGCUGGGUUGAAAUUGCUUACCUCCGCGCUUGACCUCCGGGAGAAGCAGGCGAAGACUGAGAUUCUGUUCCUCCAUAAUCCGGAUGAGCUCUCAGAACAAAAAGCGUCGGCAGUUGUAUAUCGUGCCCUGAAUGGCAAGAAGGAAGUCAACGCCGAGCAAUUGUUGACCGAGGUUACAUCUGCUCCUUCAGAGGAAGCACCAGAAGCGUCCGACUUUUGGACAAGACUCCAGCCGUUGGUCGAGACGCUGGGUCUCUCUCCCGGAGAGACUGGAAUUGUCGUCAACGGCCGGGUUGCCAAACCCACUCAGGACGUGACACCAGAAGACUUUGGCCAGCUUUUCCUCUACGAGGACAUCAACCGGAUUGGCCCUGUCACAAAAGCGGCCAAAGACUUGUCGCUUACCUCCAAGGUGUCCGAUCCGCUUUCUUUCGCGAAGCUGACAUCGCUAGUUGCCCUGUCGACCGUCUCGGAUGUCCCUGAAGGCCUUUUCGAAACGUCGUCCGACGUACGAGUUGACUUUUACAAGAACUGGACCGGCUCUGGUUCAAUUAUUACUGUUGCAGGCUCUGAUGACCCUGCAAUCACCAUCGCGGCGUCCAUUGACCCCACGUCCGAGCAUGCCCAAAGAUGGUUGCCCAUCCUGAAAGUACUCUCAAGUCUAGACGGUGUCACGCUCAAGCUCCUUAUGAAUCCCCGGGAUGAGCUACGCGAGCUUCCCAUCAAACGGUUCUACCGUUAUGUUCUCGACCCAGAGCCUUCAUUCGGUGACGAGGGCUCUGUUCUGCGUCCCACAGCUACAUUCUCUGGAGUCCCGGUCGAAGCACUUCUCACACUUGGUAUGGAUGUUCCGCCGUCGUGGCUUGUCGCACCACAGGAUUCGAUUCAUGACCUCGACAACAUCAAGUUGGGCUCAGUGAAAGGAUCCAAUGUAGACGCUGUGUACGCCCUAGAGCACAUCCUGAUUGAAGGACAUUCGCGUGACUUGACCACGAAAUCCCCUCCCCGAGGCGUCCAGCUUGUUCUCGGAACGGAAGACAACCCAUACUUUGCCGAUACAAUCGUCAUGGCCAAUCUUGGCUAUUUCCAGUUCAAAGCGCAGCCAGGACUGUGGAAUAUUAAUCUCAAGCCAGGCCGGAGUGAACGCAUCUUCAACCUCGACAGCCUGGGCAUAUUGGGUUACUCUCCUCAGCCCGGCGACGACAGCAACCAAGUCGCACUCCUCUCCUUCCAGGGCAAGACUCUCUUCCCUCGGCUCUCACGAAAGAAGGGCCAAGAAAACGAAGACGUCCUUGAGACCGGGUCAAAGCCUGGAUCAGCCACAAACUUCCUCUCCAAGGGCCUCAACUUUGCUUCGGGCGUCCUAUCCAGCGUCGGCGUCAACUCUAAGAACUUGGAAGAGCAUGCCGACAUUAACAUCUUCUCUGUCGCCAGCGGCCACCUCUACGAGCGCAUGCUCAACAUCAUGAUGGUCUCGGUCAUGCGCAAUACCAAACACACGGUCAAAUUCUGGUUCAUCGAGCAAUUCCUCUCCCCCUCGUUCAAAUCCUUCCUGCCCCACCUCGCCGCCGAAUACGGCUUCACCUACGAAAUGGUCACCUACAAAUGGCCGCAUUGGCUGCGCGCACAAAAGGAAAAACAACGUGAGAUCUGGGGGUACAAGAUCCUUUUCUUGGACGUGCUCUUCCCGCUCUCCCUCGACAAAGUCAUCUUCGUUGACGCCGACCAAAUCGUCCGCACAGACAUGCAUGAUCUCGUCACGCUGGACCUCGAGGGCGCCCCCUACGGGUUCACACCCAUGUGCGAUUCCCGCGAGGAAAUGGAGGGCUUCCGCUUCUGGAAGCAGGGGUACUGGAAGAACUUCCUCCGCGGUCUACCCUACCACAUCUCCGCGCUGUACGUCGUCGACCUCAAUGCCUUCCGCGCAAUGGCCGCAGGUGAUCGGCUUCGCGGGCAGUACCAGAUGCUCUCGGCGGACAAGAACAGCCUGAGUAACUUGGACCAGGACCUGCCGAACCACAUGCAGCAUCAUAUUCCGAUCAAGAGUCUGCCGCAGGAGUGGCUGUGGUGCGAGACUUGGUGCUCGGAUGAGGCGCUCGGGCAGGCGAGGACGAUCGAUCUGUGUAAUAAUCCGCAGACCAAGGAGCCGAAGCUGGAGAGGGCGAGGAGGCAGGUUCCGGAGUGGACGGAGUAUGAUAGGGAGAUUGCGGAGCUGGCGAGGAAGGUUCAGGGUGCUGGGGAGGAAGUCAUCGAAGACGUUCCUGUAGAAGAAGAAGAGGAGGAGGAGGAGGAGGAGGAAACAGCUGCCGAGUGGAAGAAGGAUGAGCUUUGA